AUGCCUUAUUUUUUCGUCCUUGAAGACUAAUAGAAUGAGAUUAUUGUCGGAACCUUCGUUUUUAUAUCAAUUUGUUUGCUUAUAAUGCUCUGGUUUUAAAAGUAAAGUAUAUAGUCAUAAAUAAAGAUAAAGUGCUAAACAGAAAUUGAUAUAUGAAUAAAGCUAUAUAAAAUAGUCUUUACUUGAAUUCGAAUAAAAUAAAUAAGAGCUAACUAAAUACCAUAUUGAAAAAUUAUGUGAGAAUCCUAAGUUUAAAGAAUGGUAAUCAUAAAAUAUUUGA